CGCCCACCUGUUUUUUUUUUAUUUAAUUUAAUAAUUUGGGGGUGUCGUUGAGCAAUGAAUACGUAAAUUUGUGCUACAGUGGCAAAUUGGAAAUUACUUUUUUGCAAAACAGUUGUGCCGAUAAUUUUCAGUGUAAAUAAAGUUCCCAGGGGUUUGAAGCAGUAUUCGCUUUUUCUUCUCUUCUAAUUAUUCGAUUCCUCUCUCUCUCUCUACUCUCUCUCUCUCUAAAACCUCAUCGUCUCUGCCAAUUCAGAAUUCGCUCUGUAAAUACUUCGAUUUUCGCGCACAGAUCUGCCAUCUCGUUGAGAUUUUCGUAUAACCACGAGCAAGGCUCUGAACUCUUUUGAAGAUCUUUCCGACUUAAAGGAAAAAAGGGCAUCAGCAGCUUUUGAAGGAAACAUUCUCUUCAUGAAAUUUUGACAUUAACAAUGUCAGGGUUUCUCAAUUCAUCACUGAACGGAUCAACUUCGAGUCUUCCCGACAGCACUGGACGAUCAUUUUCAUCAUCUUUUUCUGGUCAGUCUGGUGCCGGUUCUCCUGUUUAUCAUCACACUGGAAAUAUGCAGGGAAAUAUGCAGGGACUGCAUAAUGUUCAUGGAAAUUUCAAUGUUCCAAACAUGCCCGGGCCACUUGGAUCAAGAAGUACGACCAUGAAUAACAUCCCGCCGAGUGGGGUGCAACAAGCUGCUGGCAACCUUUCAAGUGGGCGUUUUGCAUCAAAUAACCUUCCAGUUGGUCUUUCGCAGAUAUCUCACAACAGUGCUCAUUUUCAACCUGGGAUGGCUAGUAGAGGUGGUAUGGGUGUUGUUGGAAACCAAGGGUAUGGUAGUAGCACUAACGGAGUUGGUGGUUCUAUUCCUGGGAUUCUCCCAACCUCUGCGACAAUUGGUAAUCGGACCAGUGUUCCAGGUCUGGGUGUGCCCCCUGUUCUUGGAAAUGCAGGACCACGGAUUACCAGCUCUGUGGGUAGUAUAGUCGGUGGGGGUAGCAUUGGCAGAAAUAUUAGCUCGGGUGGAGGACUAUCAGUUCCUGGGCUUGGUUCUCGCCUAAAUAUGACUGCCAACACUAGUUCUGGAAAUCUAAAUGUGCAAGGCCAAAACAGGCUGAUGGGUGGUGUGCUUCAACAAGCUUCUCCACAGGUAUUGUCAAUGUUAGGUAAUUCAUACCCUACUGCUGGUGGCCCUUUAUCUCAAAACCAUGGUCAGCCUGUGAAUAACCUUAAUAGUAUGGGCAUGUUGAAUGACAUGAAUCCCCACGAUGGUGCCCCUUUUGAUAUCAACGAUUUCCCUCAGCUGACUAGUCGGCCUAGUUCUUCUGGUGGCCCUCAAGGACAACUAGGUUCACUGCGGAAACAAGGUCUUGGUCCUAUUGUUCAACAAAAUCAAGAGUUCAGCAUUCAAAAUGAAGACUUUCCAGCCUUGCCCGGAUUUAAAGGUGGCAAUGCUGAUUAUUCUAUGGACCUAAACCAGAAAGAAUCACUUCAUGAUAGUUCUCUUUCUAUGAUGCAGCCUCAACAUUUUUCUAUAGGACGGUCUACUGGUUUCAAUUUGGGUGCUACAUUCUCAUCUCACAGACCACAGCAGCAACAGCAACAUACUCAGUCAGCAAGUGGCAGUGGUGGGCCCUUUUCAAAUCUGAAUAACCAAGAUCUACUCCAUUUACAUGGUUCAGAUAUGUUUCCAUCGUCGCCUUCAAACUACCAUCCACAGAGCAGUGGACCCCCAGGCCUAGGAUUGCGACCUUUGAAUAUUCCGAGUUCAGUGUCUGGUAUGGGGCAGUACGACCAAGUUUUACAGCAAUAUCAACAGCAUCAGAAUCAAUCCCAAUUUCGCCUUCAACAAAUGUCUCCUGUUGGCCAGUCUUUUAGGGAUCAAGGAAUGAAGCCUGCGCAAGCUGCCCAUGCAGCUUCUGACCAAUUUGGUUUGCGUGGAUUGUUAAGUGUAAUAAGAAUGAGUGAUCCUAAUUUGACACCUCUUGCACUUGGGAUUGACCUAACUACACUAGGAUUGAACUUGAAUUCUACUGAAAAUCUCCAUAAAUCAUUUGGUUCUCCAUGGUCGGAUGAGCCAGCCAAGGGAGACCCUGAAUACACUGUGCCUAAAUGUUAUUAUGCCAAACAACCACAACCUCUUAGUCAAGCUUACUUCUCAAAGUUCCAACUGGAUACAGUGUUCUAUAUUUUCUAUAGUAUGCCAAGGGAAGAAGCCCAAAUAUAUGCGGCAAAUGAAUUGUAUAAUAGAGGCUGGUUCUAUCAUAUGGAGCACCGGUUGUGGUUUAUGAGAGUUACUAAGAUGGAGCCUCUUGUCAAGACAAAUACAUACGAGAAGGGUUCGUAUAUUUGUUUUGAUCCUAAUACAUGGGAGACGAUUCGCAAGGAUAAUUUUGUUCUACUGUAUGAAAUGUUGGAAAAGAGACCAGCUCUACCUCACCAUUGACAAAUAUGCUCAGUAUGUACAUCUUCAGGUUCAACUUGUUCUUUAGGGCAAAAUCAAGUUUUAUUUUAAUUUCUUCUCCUGUUCGGCAAUCAUUGUAAGCAAUUAUUGCAGCAAUGCUGCCUCUGUUAUUAGCUGUUGUAAUCUCUCUGUAUCUUUUGCAUGAAUUAGAUAUCUUAAAAACCUUCCUUUGCAUUCUCUUUUCACUUCCGUAGUUUCAAAUUUUUAACAACCUUUAGACGUCGUAGUGUAUAAAUUUUCUAAAACCGAAGCAUUGAGUUCUUGAUUUUCA